AUGUCCGCCAUAACACCACUCCUCCUCCCCUCUAAGUGCCUAUUUGCGCCUAGUGCAAUGCCCGUCUUUGGUUACAGGCAUUCUGCAUCUCUUUGCACUCUUGACAGGUACCUCAGUCAAACAUACGACCGAUCUUUAGACCUCAGGAACAAGGAGACUAUUCCAAAAAGACUGUUAGAGGUUAUGAUAAUUUGA